AUGGCGGCGGCUUGCUCGGAGGGGUGAUGGGGUGGUGCUGCAGUGCGAAGCACCGAUAGCGCAGCUCCCUCCGCGUCCUCGCUUCGUAUUACAGCUCAUGGCGGAGGGCGAGGAGAGGGGGGGAGAGGGCGGCCUCGGUGAGCUGCUUCCCACUCAUCGUGACACCCUGCAACGCCUCUCCCAGGGGAUCUCUGGGGAGCUGCCCCAGGACAGGCCCAGUCUGCAGCAGCCACAGCUCAGCCUGCCUCACCGAGAGGGCAAGCAGGAGGAGGAGGAUGAAGAAGAGGAGUCCCUGCACACAGAGGAUCAGUUCGAUGGAGUGUUGGAUGAAGACACUGUGGCUGAGGGUCUCCACAAACUGGGGCGCUCAGCUCCUGGUAUUGAAUACGUUUAUCUUAAUCUGUCACUUUCAGGUCGUGAGUUAAGUGACAUUAACAUUCUAUCCAGAUACAUUCACCUGCAGAAGUUGGAACUUUCAUAUAAUAAAAUUAAUGAUCUUUCUUGUGUCAGUCACAUGCCUUACUUACUAGAACUGAAUGCUUCCAACAAUGAAUUGACUACGUAUUUUGUUUUCAAACCACCUAAAAAUCUCAAGGAAGUAGAUUUUUCACACAAUCAAAUACCUAAAAUGCAAGAUUUGUCGGCAUACCAGUCACUUACUAAACUUUUGCUGGAUUUUAAUAACAUAGAGGAGAUAAGAGGACUGGAGAAGUGUCACAGUCUGACUCAUCUUAGUUUAGCACACAACAGACUCACUGCAAUCAGUGGCCUUGAGAAUUUACCUAUCAGAGUCCUCAAUCUGAGCUCUAACCAGAUUGAGAAGAUAACUGUGCUGGGCAGCUUGAAAACUCUACAGAAGCUGGACCUAUCUAGCAAUAAAAUAACUAGUCUAGAAGGCUUGGAGGAACAUGAUCUACUAGAGAUAAUCAACCUAGAGGAUAACCAGAUUGCUGAGCUGCGUGAACUUGAAUGUAUUGAAGAUCUGCCUCUCCUCAGAGUUCUAAAUCUUUUAAAAAAUCCUAUCCAGGAGCAAACAGAUUAUUGGCUCUCUGUGAUUUUCAUGUUGCUCCAACUAACAGAACUGGAUCUCAAGAAGAUUUCAGUGGAAGAAAAGGUUGCUGCGGUGAAUAAAUAUGAUCCUCCUCCAGAAGUUGUUGCUGCUAAAGAUCAUAUGACUCAUGUUAUGUACAGCAUGUUGCAGCCCCAGAGAAUCUUUGACAGCACUUUGCCUAGUCUUGAUGCUCCCUACCCCAUGCUGGUAUUCGUUGGCCCUCUAGCCUGUGGUAAGAGAGAGCUUACUCAUAAGAUCUGCAGACAGUUCAACAAUUUCUUCAGAUACGGUCCCUGUCACACUACCAGAGCAGCUUACUUUGGUGAAGAAAACAGACUUGACUACUAUUUCGUUUCUCAAGAAGCAUUUGACAAAAUGGUGAACACAGGGAAGUUUAUAGCAACCUUUAAAUACAGUGGCUUUUACUACGGACUUGGAAGAGACACUGUAGAAUCAAUUGCCAGAGAGGGUCUUGCAACCUGUGUUCACUUAGAAAUAGAGGGUGUGCGUAGCUUGAAAAAUACCUACUUUAAACCCAGAUAUAUCCUGUUAGUACCAAUGAACAAAGAAAAAUAUGAGGGACAUCUGCGGAGGAAAGGAUUAUUCAGCAGGCCAGAGAUUGAAGAGGCAGUCUCCAGAGUGGACACGUACAUCAAAAUAAGUCAGGAUUUUCCAGGAUUCUUUGAUGCAGUAGUUAACACAGAUGAAUUGGAUGAGGCAUUCACAGAGCUGAGUUUCCUCGUAAAGGCAUACCUGGGUUUGGAGCCACCUGCAGUUUUUGGUAGCGUUCAGGACUUGAAUAGCAGAGCAGGAGCAGGUUCAAGAAUACGUCUCUUACAAGAGCAAAGAUUAUCACCUGGUGGAGCAAUUACAGGAACUACUCGGUCUUCAUCUGUCAAUGAGUUCUUGGACCCCUCUGCCAAAAAAUAUCCAGGAGGCAUCUCGGAGAAACUGGCUGCACAACUGGGCUCUGUGGAAGAAGCUUCUCUCCAAAGGCGGCGUUCUGCAGCGCGUCAGGCUCUGUCAGGGAAGGCACCUGGCGCAUAUGUCCGGCUGUUUCAAAGGGACCUGGCAGUCACUCCUGCCCCAAGCAGCUCCCGUCAAGAAUUCCUGGAACCAACAGUACAUGCUUCUUUGCUCUCAGACGCAAGGAAUGUCACCCAAGACCAGAGCUUCCCCCUGACUAACCCAGAGAGACGCUGCAGAGAAUCUGGUCCUGCUAGUGGACGAUUUCUAAUCUCAGCUGGUGCAUCUGCUGGUGAAGGUCUGUCGGUUCGGACGCCUGUUCCUCAUGCGCAUCUCGCUGAAGAAGCCAAAGCCGAGCGUCAAGAUCUAAGAGGAGCUAAAAAUGGAGUGGACAGCUUGAAAGAGACUGAGCUCCCCAGUGACAAUCUUCAGAGAAAAUCCAGCAAGGCCAAGACUGGUUCUUCUCAUGUGCCUCAGCUCAUCAACUGGCCAGGCUCCCACUCCAGACCCGUCCUACCUCCAAUCCCGUCUGGGCGGAAGACGACCAACCCUUGACGGCCACCACUAGCCAAGUCUUUGCCAUGAAUACACUGAAUUGUUCUGGCUAACAGAAAUGCUGAUUUUUCGAUAUAUUUCUCUUCAACAAAGUGCAGUCUAUCAAAUAUUAUUUCUAAAUCCAUUUCUGAUUAACUCUCCCAGAAAAAGUUAUUUAUUUAUAACUUUAUUAAAAAGUAAUUUCUGUAUUGCCCAAAGCAAAAAUUAUUUCCCCAGGCACUCUCAGCUGGGAAGCGGCGUAGAAUUUUCCUAACAGCCACGUGACCGUAUCUUCCAUUAAUUUCUCUCUUUCCUCCCCCUCCUAUAUCACGGAUUUAAUUGAGGUGUGGAAGCAUCAGGGCCUCUGAUAAUAUUGUCUAUAUUGUAGUACUAGUGAAUUAUUUUGAAGUGGGAUUUUAUGAAAUGUGCAAAGUUAAGUUGGGAGUGAAAACUAGAUCCAAGUCUUUUUUAAUAAAACUUGUUUUUUUGAAGGGAUGAGACAUAAUGCUUUAAUUUGCGAGUGUAUUUAAACAAUCUAGCAAGGAGUCGUCAGAAAAAAACCAGUGCAAUUACUGAGAACUAGCCGAAGCUGUAAGUAGCAUGUAAAGAUUUGUUUUUCUGUAUGUGGAGCAGAGCUUUGAUGAGUAAAUAAAGCUCUUGAGUUAA